GCUGCAUGUAUAGAAUGACUGGCAGUAAGCUUUAAAUAGUGUAAUUUUUACUUGCUCAGUACAUUUUGCAAACCUACGGGCCAGCAUGUUGCAUCGGACAGACAGCGCCCUGCGCUCCCGCUCUAUAUCAACAUUGUCUUUUUGGUCCGCGGUGACCCAAUGACCCAGAUAUUUGAACUUGUCUACCCUAUGUAGUUUUGCACCAGUAAGUACAAACUCAGGAGCAUCAGUAUAACGAAUUUUAUCUGGUUUGAACAUCAUAAGCUCACUCUUCUGAGCAUUGUAUCUGAGUCCGUUGGCCACCGCAUAGGACUCACAAAUAUUGAGCAGUUUCUUCAGUGCGCCACUCGAGGGGCUCAGCAGCACCAUGUCGUCCGCAUAACUAAUAUUAUUUACACAAACUCCAUUUAUAUGACAGCCGAUACCGGUACUGCUGAGCUCCUCGAUCAGCGCGUUGACGUAAAGGUUGAAGAGCGUGGGAGAGGUUAGCCCCCCCUGCCUCACCCCGCACUCCAACCUGUACUCAUCGGAGAAAGAGCGUGCCCAUCUUACACAGUUGCUCACUGUAUGUAAUAAUAAUUGUUACAAAGAAACAUGUACCUUGACCUUUUAAUGUUGGUUAAAUAGUGUUGUCAUAAUUACUAUAUAUAUGUCUUACUAUAUAUAUUCUCUAUCUCAAUUUUUGUCUGAAGAUUCUAUUUAUCAUAGUCAACAGGCAGGUCCAUAUAGAAGCUGCCUUGCGAGGAUAUUACCGCGAAGCACCUCGGUCAGUGGGUGGAGACAAUUUCUUCACAAGGCAGCUUGUCCUGUGUGGAUCUUCCUAAAGACAUUAAUAUCAUUAGGCUUAGCUUUUAUCUUUAAAAUGAAAAAAAAAUUAAAGUCACUUUCAUCCCUUGUCAAACAAAUGACACUUCUAUCAAACUGUGAGAGAAAGAGACAUUAUUAUUAUUAUUAUAAUAAUACGGUGAGCUCUUCCCAGAGACCGAGGGCUUUAUGAUGGCUAUCCAGGUUCAAGUGAUUGAGACCCGUAAUUACCAAAAGUUCAUUAUGAAAAAUAGUACUACAGAUUUAUGUAGGAAAUGUAAUAGUACAGGAGAAACCAUCCAACAUAUAACCGGAGCAUGCAGAUCAAUAGUCCAGACCAACUAUAAGCACAGGCACGACCAGGUAGCCAACGUAGUACACCAGAAACUUGCGAUCAAAUACAACCUAGUUCCUCAGGUAGCUGUUCCUUACUACAAGUAUAUUCCGGAAAAUGUUUUAGAAAACCACACUCACAAAAUGUAUUUUGAUAGAGCUAUUUUAACAGACCGAACCACACACUUUAAUAGACCUGACAUCACUGUAGUAGACAAAAUAAACAAAACAGCUCUUUUAAUAGAUAUCGCAAUCCCGAACACUCAUAAUUUGCAAAAUACAAUAGCUGAAAAACUUACUAAAUAUACCGAUUUAAAAGAUGAAAUAGCCAGGAUAUGGAAAUUAAAUAACGUUACCAUAGUACCCAUUGUUUUGUCUACUACAGGUGUCAUCCCACAACAGCUACAUACUUCUAUAAAAACUCUAUCAUUGCCACCUUCUUAUUUUGUAAUGCAGAAAGCUGUAAUUCUAAAUACUUGUAGGAUAGUCAGAAAAUUCUUACAGAGCGAUAUACAACUCCCUAAUUGACAAACGCAAACAGUCACAGAAGUUGGUGAUGUGGCACUCGGACAAAUUCUAGUUUGCUGUGCCAUUUUCCGCUCCGGCCACAUGCUAAGCUGCUCAGAGGAGGAGCAGAAGGAGAUCCUACAGCUGUUCCUGAAAGCCAGCGCUAAGAAGUCAUACCUGGGCACUGCAGCAUACUUAAUACUAUUAGAUUUCAUUAAUGGGUUAACUGAGGAUCAGUUUUCAACAAUAAUAUGGCCACACAUCAAGCAAGAAUUCAAGAAGGAACUGAAGGAGCACUCCCUGGACUCUCUAUACUUCCUCAUGGUGGUCAGCAACAAGUUUCCCGAAAAGGUGAAGCUCCAGAAGCUGCUGGGCGUUACUGAAAUCCUGUGUGAAGACAACAUACAUGCCAUUUGUGAAAAACUUAUGAGUGGCAUAGACUUCAACUCCCUAAGUCACCCAAUAUUCAAAGAAAUAGGUAUAAGAAUUGCCCAAUCACCACACCUCGGUCUGUUCUGGACGUCAGGCAUUGACAGCCAGCUCGUGAAACACAACAGGAACAGGGAAUUAGCAGCCGUUAAUAUGCUCACCACCAUACUCAACAACUUGAAAGAUAAUGUUGAAGUGAUUCCAGACUUGAUCAGCAAGAACUUUUUCAAACUGUUCAUGGAUUGGUUCAAAGGCCUGCAAACAGCCAGCAAGAUCAGGAACAAACGAGAAAACGAGGAUGAUCAUAAAAUUAUGAUCAAAAAGGAAAAGGAAUUGCUCAAUGCUCUGAACAAAGCCCUAAAAUCAGAAAAGGUUGUGAGCAAAGUCCGAGUAGAAGUUCUAAAGAAAUUGUUGUUUGACCCGGGUGAGUUGAAUUUUACUGAGGUCACAGGAACAAGUAUUGUGAAAUCUAUCAUAGCUGAUUUGGAUAAAGAUGGAGUGAAAAAAUUGGCAAAGAAGUUCAAAGGCAUACUGGCAAAUACUGUCAAGUUUGUUAAAGGGGAUGUUGAAAGGAACUGGUUUAAUAAUGAGAGGAUGAGAGCUGCAGAGCUUAUAUCAUAUCUUGUGAGCCACGACGCGGUUAAAGACGACACGGAUUUUAAACUGACAUACAUGAAGUUACUGAUGUGCUUCGGUUUCUUCAAGAUUAGCAGUGGAGACAAUGGUACCGUCAGCAGUGAUUUAUCAACCUGCACCAAGUCCUGCUUCUACCGCUGUUUCACGUCCCGGUUCACAAAUGUAGAUAGCUUAAUGGAGGUCCUCUCCUCGCUCGCAGACUUCAUCAACGACAUCCUGCAGAAGGAACAAGUUCGGACCAAACUCGAGAAACAAUUCCCCAAAGAGAACAUGGAGUGCUGGGAACUGCUCACGGAAGUUACAGGGAAAAUACAACAGAAUGAACCCAAAUCUAAAAUUGACAAGGUGUUCCUUGUACUACUGUACCAACUGGGUCUGUUUUUAUUCUCUGAACCGGACCAUGUGAAAAUGGCAAGGAGUUCCAUCAAAGAAUUAAAAAGCUGCUAUGACCAUUAUAGGAAAGGGCAAAAGAAAAAUAAAAAGGAGGACAAUUUAGCUGAAGAGGAGCCAGAAUGGAUAGAAGUCUUGACAGAAGUUCUAUUGUCUAUUCUAUCCACCGAGUCGAGUGUCCUUAGGUCUGUGGUCCAAUGUGUGUUUAGAUUGCUUUGGGAAUACGUAACACCUACAUCAGUUGGCCAGAUUCUCUCCGUAUUGGACCCUGACAGUGAAAAUAAUCCAUUAACAGAAGACAGCGAGUCUGAAGACGGUGUUAACGACAAAAGUGACUCUGAAGAAGAGAAUGACGACGAUGAGAAAGAUGAGGGCGACGAGGACGAGGACAGCGACACUGACGCAGAGGAGGACGACAAACUCACGGUUCCUGACCAGCUGAGGAUCGCCGUACAGAAAGCUCUCGGCGCCGCCGCAGACUCCGACGUCGAGAGCGUGGACGCCGACAAGAUCGAUGAAGAAGAGGGCAAUAAACUCGACGAAGCACUUGCCGAGGCGUUCAGGCAGUUCAACCAGGGCAAAGGCAAAAAGACCAAAAAAGACCGCAAGGACAAAAAAGCCCUGUCCGAUUUUAGAAUAAGAGCUCUAGAUUUGAUCGACAUUUACUUAGAAAAGGAGUUGUCCAUGGACAUCUGUUUGGGGAUGAUCGCGCCGCUCACGCGCUGUCUGGAGUUCUGCAUCCAGGACACUCAGUUCAGCGAGCUGGAGAAUAGAGUACGAAAAACAAUAAAAACGUUAACCAAAAUCCGGAAAUUUUCGUCCACAGACGGUAUUACUAUAGACAUUUUAUGUGACAAUCUCAAGUCUAUAAUUGACAAAGGUUCCAGGUCGCACUUUAUGUUCCAAGCCGUAGGCGACAUCAUAACACAAUUCGCAACAUUUAUAAUACACUGCUCUUUAAAAAUCGAUAGUAAUGCCAAGGCGAAAAUGUCACCUAAAAAGCAAAAGCACUCCACAUCGCCACUUAUUGCUAUUUUUUCCGAAGCACUACAAAGUUACUUCCAAAACCGAAACUGUUUAUUGCCGAUCAUUUUCUUCCAUAGCGUUCUGCAAACCGAAUGGAACGGGAACUACGAGCUCGUGCCUGUUAUAGUAGAAAACGUUUUUAACAAUAAGGUCAGGCAAUUCCGACGAAACGAAGGUCUCGAGCUGAUGACAGGUUUCUACCGGUCCCUAAAACGAUCCAAACCAUUAGGCCCAGCAUUAAACAAACUGAAUGAUUUGGAAACAGACUUCCAAAACAAAUUAAUGUGUACCUUAAAAAGUGAUAGUGGGUUCGAAGCUAAUAAGAACUUCUUCAACAUACUUAAGAAGUUGGUAAAUAUCAUGAGAAUGUUCCAUGAAAGCUGCCAUAUUCCUUCAAACAUAAACUUCAAAACAGUGUCUGACUUAGUAGGAAUUUGUAAAGGUACAGCAAAAUGUAAGAAUAUAGGUCAGACUCAAGAACCCAGACAGAACCAACAGAAUAAGAAACAGAAUAGUAAAAAGAAAAAGCGAAAGUUAGAGAAAAUUAAUGGUCAUGCGGAACCGGAAGGAAAGAAGAUGAAAAAGAGCUCUGAGAGUGAAUAAAUGUUAACUUUGGUUAACAUUUGUACUUUAUUCGAAUACAAUUUUAAUAAAUCGACACAA